CCGAAAAGUGUGUUGUGUUUAAACACGAGAGAGAAGACAGCGUUUCUCUGCUGCUAAAAACGAGAUGUAAGCGUCUCUUUCCUGUCUGAUGUAGCUAUGUUGAUGGUGCUCCGCCAUGCCAUCUGGUCAAGAAUCGGUCUUGUCAAGAGGGGAGCAGAUGCUUUCUGCAGGAGCUUUCCGACUCCAUCAUUUGGAGUUAAUAUUACUGUUGCUGCAGGAAUCAGAUGUGGUCAUCGCAGUUUCUUGACAGCUGGUGAAGCAGCCAUAGCACUGAGGCCAUUUUAUUUUGUGGUGCACCCGGACCUGUUUGGGCAACAUCCAAGAGAAAGGGCAGUGAAUGAAGAGUCUCUGAAGCAGCUCAGGGAAUUGUUGGACAACAUUCAGAUUGGACAGACGUUCCAGCCUAGGAGAAUUACUUUCUAUGUCAGAGAAGGGAAGAAAGGAAGCAAUUCUGCCAAUGCAGGUUUCAGGAUGGUGACCACGCCAUUACUGAGCAAUGAUAUGUAUAAGACGGUAGAGAGCGUACUGCAAACAUGUCAGCUGCCAUUAGACUUCUUACACCAGAUCAAGGACAGAAGGUCAAAGGUCAGACAAGACAAGCCGGCUCAGAGUCAGUACACAUCCAGAGAUUAUAGCAAUGAGUUCUUACGGAUGUAUGGGCCAGAUAACCCCAACAGUGCGUACUUCAGAAAAAUGAAGAUGAACCUUUCUCUCAGAAGUUGGCUGAGGGCCAAUGUAUUAAAAGCACAGAGCAACCAGCAGUUACAUGAUGCAAUGAAGAAGUAUAACGCAGAGAUAUGUGCUGCCCUCUGUGAAGAGUUUGGAUUGGCUGAUGUCCAGUGGAAUUGUAUUUGGAGCGAUCGUUUUCUGAAGGGUUGCAUCGUCAGCUUUAGAAGAAUGUGUGAAAGAAAUGUUCAUAUUCGUAAUAAUUUAAAAGGUCACGUGCUGGUGUUUGCGGAGGCCACGGGGAUGUGCGUGGAAGGUCAUGUGAUCCUAGACGCCAGAGACGUCCCCAAUGAUUGGAUACACCUUCUCUCCUCUCUCAGUGAGUACAAAGAAGGAUUUGAAAAAAAUGUCCGGAUAGCAGAAGAGAAGCUGAGCAAGCUGUUACACGGACUGAGAGUUCUACCUCGUCAUAAAGGUGCUACACGUAUAGUAUUAGUCCAUGAGUAUUACAACAGGGUCAUGAUGUUAGAGGAGAUGCUGAGACAGUAUAAAACAGAGAUCGGAGUCAAGGAACUUCUGUCUGAAGAAAUGGGUGAUUUAGAUAUGGUGCUGGAAGGGUUGUCAGGCUCUCUGUCCGUGUCCACUACGGGGUCAUUCGUGGUGCCAAUGGGGGUCAGUCCGGAACGUUUGCUGACCUUCCUGAGAGACAAGACUGGAGUGGCCAGACAGACCAAGGCAACUCACCAGAGGCUCAGGGAAAAGGAAGAAUCUUUAAUCGCGAAGUGUCAGAGAGAGUUCCAGUUGGCCAGUCUAGUGAAGGACAUCAGUGUGUCUUCUGAGCAGAUGGUGGUGUGUUGCGAGGCCUUGUUACGAGAGCCGAGGGAAAUUAACCGACCGUUGCCUGGUGGUCACAUACAGGUGUCGCAGUAUUACGACGUGAACUACGAAGGAGAGCUAUGUAUUCCGUGGAACUGGGCCUCCCUUGGCAAAUGAUGGACUUUCUGGGACUUACAUGCUAUUGUUGAUUAUUGUCAUUUCCAAAUAUUCAAAAAUUGUUUUAGAGAUAUCAGUUGCAGGAUUUUGACACCUUUAGUGGUUGUGGGAUUUUUCCAUCACGCAGGGUUCUGAAUUAGAAAAUAUUAAUACCAUAUAAAAUAGGUUAAAUUUACUUCACUUCAUUUUCUUUGGCAACCAGAUUUAUAAAAAGUGAUAUUCAGUUCUUGCAAAUUAAUAAUUAUUUUGCUGGUUGUGUACUUCUGAACAAUUUGACAGGUAAUUAAUUAAAGAAUAUUGACAUGGGUAAAGUCGUACAAACUGAAAAUCAAAGCUUGCAAUUUCUUAGUGCUUUUAGACCAUAGGAAACAAAAAGAAGAAAAUGAAAACUGAAAAUUCUGAAAUCGGGCACAAUCCUGAAACCUUUUCAUCCGUGUAUUGAAGACCAUGACAAUCCCUUUUACUUCUGCAAUUUUGAACGAAAAUUGGUUGCAAAAUGGCAAACUUUUUUUUAUUGAGCUCGAGUCAAUACCCGUUUGUGGCCCAUGUCAUUUUAUUACAUAUGUCGGUAUGCAGUUGAUGUUAUGAUGACAUAUGCCCCAUCUGACUGUUUUUAUUAUGCAAUUCUUAUAAAUAGAAAUAAGAUGUGUCCAUUCUUAUUAUAAUAUAUGUGUGAUGUACCAGUUACUUAGUUUAACUAGAGCCAAGGGGUUCUAGGAGUGUCCGGCCAGUUGCUAAAAUGCCUGUUAGCAUGUGCA